CUUAUCAGUUUUGGGCAAACCACCCCUGACAAUAUUUACCUAUUUGUGAAAUCAUGAUUUCCUUAAAAUAUUUGGUAAACCUGAGACCAAUCUUUCCACCCCUGCGAAGUAUUUCCCGAUUUUCCACGAUAUCGAGCGAGUUUAUACCCCAACGGAAAUUUAAUUCGGUUAAAAAACUAGCCUAUGAAAAUCCCAAGAGAAAUCAAGUUAAGUUAUCCAAUCUGAAUCGCGGCACCAUUCCAUCCUACACUUUUCCCGAAUUUACCAUCAAAUAUGACGCCCAGGAUGUUGUAAAUUACGCCAAAUCAACGAUACAAGUCGGGUCUGAAGAGAAACGAUUGACAGAUCCGAAAGAUUUGAAAUUUGGUGUUCUUCCCACCUUCAUGUUUCCAACGAUUAGCAAAGUCAUGAUGGAUUUGUGUAACCAAUCGUGUGUGGAUUGUCUCGAUUUUAAAAAGAUUGUACUGGCCGAAGUUUAUCUGGAGGUUUAUCGGCCGUUUCCGACAUCCGGAGAAUUUAGGAUGCAGCCAAAACUGGAGGAAUUCGUGGAUAAGGGGACACAUGACUUGGCUUAUCAUCAUUAUUUCGGUAAAGAUGCAAAUUCGUCGCCGCUAUUUUUCGCCCAAUGCGUCACCAUCGAGCUAGCCAACGGGGGAAAAGGGGGAUCUCGCACAUCGAAAAAAGCAAUCUUUGCUGCCCCACCAAUUAUGCCUCCCCCGGAAGGAAAACCGGAUGCUAUCGUGCCCUUUAAAACGGUUGAAAUGCCACCAAAUUUUAAUUUUGAAUUUGGUGAGAAUGAGCUGAAAAGGGACAUAUUUGAGUUCCACAAUCCCAACCAGCAUUACGGACCGAAGCCCGCCUUUACUGACAAGCCAAACUUGCAUGGACGGUAUUAUUGGGCGUCGGCGGUGCAUUUAAUGCUCAAGCAGUUUGCCGGGGGAGACGUUACGAGAUAUAAGCGUUCCAGGGUACGAUUCACAAGUGUGGUGCAUCCCGGAGACACUCUGGAAAUUCGGGCGUGGCAUCGCGAGCCCAGAAUAUUUUUUGAAGCUGUUAACCUCAACACGGGCAAACUGGCUAUGAAAGGAGGAUUUGUCGACCUAAUUCCAUCCCAUCCAGAGCACUAAGAUGGAUGUUAAAAUUACACAAAGUCACAUAAUUGUGGAGAA